AUGGUUCUGAUGUUUAAGCCAUCUCCACCAGUACCAGAGCCACUGCGCUAUGCCCAGAUGAAUAGCACAGGUAUAAGUUUAUCUAUUCAUGGGGCUGACAAGCGUGUGCAAAUCUAUCAGAGGAGAACUGCAGCAAGCUACCCAGUGUCACGGUGUCCGCCUGUGGUUGGGCAUCCUUCAGUCCCACAAGUCAGAGGGUCAAUAAAAAUGGAAGCCUCAUCUUCUGGAUCUAGUAUUUUGGCAGUCACUGGUGGAAAAGCAAAAACGCAUCAGCCAGAAGGAAGAGAGGAUUUGCAGGUUAACCAGCUGGAAACGCAAAUAUGGAUAAAACCAGAUAUACAGAAGACAGAUGUGGACUUUUCAGAAAUUCUUAAUGCAAUACAAGAAAUAGCUAAGGAUGUCAACAUUUUUUUUGAUGAGUUAGAAGGUGUGAACAGCCCUUCCAAAGAUGAUGACUCCCUGCUUCACCAUGGUAACUUGACCAGUACCUCUGAUGAUGCCAGCAGGUUGGAAGUUGUGGGAGAGGAAGUACCUGAUAAAAACAAAACCAAAGGACUAUAUUUUAGAGAUGGGAAAUGUCGAAUUGACUACAUUCUGGUGUAUAGAAAAUCCAAUCCACAGACAGAAAAGAGGGAAGUAUUUGAGAGAAAUAUUAGAGCAGAAGGACUUCAAAUGGAGAAAGAGUCAUCUCUAACAAACAGUGACAUCAUCUUUGUGAAGUUGCAUGCCCCUUGGGAGGUCCUGGGCAAAUAUGCUGAACUAAUGAAUGUAAGAAUGCCUUUCAGGAGAAAAAUCUAUUACCUGCACCGUCGAUACAAGUUCAUGAAUAGGAUCGAGAAACAAAUAAGCAGGUUUCGAGGAUGGUUACCUAGAAAGCCAAUGAAACUGGACAAGGAGACACUGCCAGAUCUGGAGGAGAAUGACUGCUAUACUGCUCCAUUCAGUCAACAAAGGAUCCAUCACUUCAUCAUACACAACAAAGAAACUUUCUUCAAUAAUGCUACAAGAAGUAGAAUUGUACACCAUAUCUUACAAAGAGUGAAAUAUGAAGAAGGAAAAAACAAAAUUGGUCUGAAUCGAUUGCUCAGUAACGGCUCCUAUGAAGCUGCAUUUCCUCUUCAUGAGGGAAGUUACAGAAGUAAGAAUUCAAUAAGAACCCACGGGGCAGAAAACCACAGACACCUGCUCUAUGAGUGCUGGGCUUCCUGGGGAGUGUGGUAUAAAUACCAACCACUGGAUCUCGUGAGACGGUACUUCGGUGAGAAAAUUGGGCUGUACUUUGCCUGGUUAGGCUGGUACACAGGAAUGCUCUUCCCAGCUGCCUUCAUUGGAUUAUUUGUCUUUUUGUAUGGAGUCACCACUUUGAACCACUGCCAAGUCAGUAAAGAAGUCUGCCAAGCUACAGAUACCAUAAUGUGUCCUAUAUGUGAUAAAUACUGUCCUUUCAUGAGGUUGUCAGACAGCUGCAUUUAUGCCAAGGUAACCCACCUUUUUGACAAUGGAGCUACUGUCUUUUUUGCUGUUUUCAUGGCUGUGUGGGCAACUGUUUUUCUGGAAUUUUGGAAAAGAAGGCGAGCAGUAAUUGCUUAUGACUGGGACUUGAUAGACUGGGAAGAAGAAGAGGAGGAAAUACGUCCGCAGUUUGAAGCCAAGUACUCCAAGAAAGAACGAAUGAACCCCAUAUCCGGGAAGCCAGAGCCUUACCAAGCAUUUGCAGAUAAAUGCAGCAGACUCAUUGUUUCUGCAUCUGGAAUAUUUUUUAUGAUCUGUGUGGUGAUAGCUGCUGUUUUUGGCAUUGUUAUUUACCGUGUUGUGACUGUCAGCACUUUUGCUGCCUUUAAGUGGGCUUUAAUCAGGAAUAACUCUCAGGUUGCAACUACAGGGACUGCAGUGUGCAUCAACUUUUGCAUCAUCAUGCUGCUGAAUGUGCUGUAUGAAAAGGUUGCUCUUUUCCUGACAAAUUUAGAGCAGCCUCGUACUGAAUCCGAGUGGGAGAAUAGCUUCACUCUGAAAAUGUUUCUUUUUCAGUUUGUCAAUCUGAACAGCUCUACCUUUUAUAUAGCAUUCUUUCUUGGAAGAUUUACAGGACACCCUGGUGCCUACUUAAGGCUGAUAAACCGGUGGAGACUGGAAGAGUGCCACCCUAGUGGAUGCCUUAUUGAUCUUUGUAUGCAGAUGGGUAUUAUAAUGGUAUUAAAACAGACCUGGAAUAAUUUCAUGGAACUGGGCUACCCGCUAAUUCAAAACUGGUGGACCAGGAGAAAACUACGACAAGAGUAUGGCACACAGAGAAAAACAAGCUUCCCACAGUGGGAAAAGGACUACAAUCUGCAACCUAUGAAUGCUUAUGGACUAUUUGAUGAAUACCUAGAAAUGAUUCUUCAGUUUGGGUUCACAACCAUUUUUGUGGCAGCUUUUCCACUGGCACCGCUCCUGGCCUUGCUUAACAAUAUUAUUGAAAUUAGGCUUGAUGCAUACAAAUUUGUAACCCAGUGGAGAAGACCUUUAGCUUCAAGAGCCAAAGACAUAGGAAUCUGGUAUGGGAUUCUGGAAGGCAUUGGAAUUCUUUCUGUUAUCACAAAUGCAUUUGUCAUAGCUGUGACAUCAGAUUUCAUCCCUCGCCUUGUUUAUGCUUACAAGUAUGGACCUUGUGCUGGCCAAGGAGAAGCUGGACAAAAGUGUAUGGUUGGGUAUGUUAAUGCGAGUUUAUCAGUAUUUCUGGUGUCUGACUUUGAAAACCGUUCGGAGCCAACAUCAAAUGGAAGUGAAUUUUCUGGUUCACCAUUAAAAUAUUGCAGAUACAGGGACUACCGAGACCCUCCUCACUCCCCAGUGCCCUACGGUUACACACUGCAAUUCUGGCACGUCUUAGCAGCGCGGUUGGCUUUCAUUAUUGUAUUUGAGCACCUUGUCUUUUGCAUAAAGCACCUGAUUUCCUACUUAAUCCCAGAUCUCCCAAAAGAUCUGAGAGAUCGGAUGAGGAGAGAAAAGUACCUGAUUCAGGAAAUGAUGUAUGAAGCUGAAUUAGAACGUCUGCAGAAAGAACGGAAGGAAAGGAAGAAGAAUGGAAAAUCUUAUCACAAUGAGUGGCCAUGA